CAUUGCCACUAAAAGCUGCGUGAUCACCUUUACUCCUAUUCCUGUAGCUAGGAAAAACGAGUCGUUCUUUUCGGUAGGCUUUCUUCACUCUAAGAAAGCCGCCUGCAAUUGCCGCGAACGUACACUUUUUGACCUAGGAAGGAUCCGUAAAAUCUCGCGAUACGCUCAGCUCUCGGGGAAACUAUCAUGGCUGCGCCUGCAUGUAACUGGGGGUUUUGAUCUAAGAAGACUGUCCUUUGACUCAAAACACUUCCUUGUCUCUGAUAAUGGAUUGAAGAAAAUAAACUUUCAUCAUGAGGCCUCCAAUGAAGAAGUCACCAAGCGAACAAAACCAACCCCUGUCAGCUGUAGAAAACUGUCUGAGAAGUGUAAUUCCCUGAGUGAUGUAUUAGAUCUAUUUUCUGAAGCACCUACAUUUCCUAGUAGUAACUAUUUCUCAGCAAUGUGGGUAAUUGCUAAAAGGAUGUCUGAUGACCAAAAGCACUUUGAAAAGCAACUGAUGUUUAACCACCCUGCGUUUAGCCAGCUGUGCGAACACAGUAUGAGAGAAGCCAAGAUCAUACACUGUAACAGCCUGCUGUUCAGUCUUCAUGCUAUGGUGAAGCUUGGAAUUCCUCAGAACACCCUACUCAUACAGACUUUGCUGAGGGUGGUCCAGGAGCGUAUCAAUGAAUGUGAUGAGAAAUGUCUUUCAAUUUUGUCAACUAUUUUAGAGGCAAUGGAGCCAUGCAAGAAUGUGGAUGUCCUUCGAGCAGGGUUGCGGAUGCUAGUUGAUCAGCAAGUCUGGAAAAUAGAACAUGUCUUCACUUUACAAACUGUAAUGAAAUGUAUUGGAAAAGAUGCACCGAUUGGUCUUAAAAGGAAAUUGGAGAUGAAAGCCUUGAAGCAAUUAGACCAAUUUUCUGUUUUGAAUAGCCAGCACAUGUUUGAGGUACUGGCUGCCAUGAAUUACCGUUCUGUUAUCCUUCUGAAUGAAUGCAGUGCGAUGGUCACAAGUAAUAUCCAUGGAUGUCCUUUAAAAAUCUUAAUCAACAUAUUGCAGUCUUGCAGAGACCUCCGAUAUCAUAAUAUGGAUCUUUUUAAGGGAAUAGCAGAUUACGUGGCUACAACUUUUGACAUCUGGAAGUUGAAACAAGUUCUUUUUCUCCUGAUUUUAUUUGAAAACUUAGGUUUUCGGCCUGUUGGUUUGAUGGACUUGUUUAUGAAGAAAGCAGCAGAUGAACCUGGCUUCCUAAAUGUGAAAAGCCUUGUCUCCAUUCUUAAUGUGUAUUCUUCUCUCAAUCACUUGGACACAUGCCAGGCCCACGAGUUCCUAGACGUUAUGACUAAUGCUCUGACUGGUAGUCUUCACCACAUCUCUUCUGAAAACCUAUUAAAUGCUGUGUGUUCAUUUUGCUUGAUGAACCGUUUCCCUCUGGCCCCUGUUAAUCAGCUUCUCCAGAAGGACAUCAUCAAUGAGCUGCUGACCUCAGGUGAUGUGGAGAGGAAUGUUCACAAGCUUCAUAUCUUGGCCACUUGUCUAAAACUUGACGACGCUCCGUAUCACAAGGACAUCCACUUAGCGCUGCCAAAGCCGCCACUCACGCCGUUACAGCCAAAUGCAAAGGCUGGGGAGGCGCUCAGUAGCCUUCUGGGAGAAGGAUACUUCUCAAAAAGUGUGCAGUUGCCACAUAAUUAUUAUAUUGAUUUCGAAAUCAGAAUGGAUACUAACAGGAGCCAAGUGCUUCCAUUUUCUGACGCGGAUGUGGUAACUUCUGCUACAGAUAUUCAGAGAGUAGCUGUACUAUGUGUUCCUAAAUCUACUUACUGUUUGGGUUCAACCCACCCCAGAGGAUUCCUUGCUAUGAAAAUGCGGCAUUUGAAAGUAAUGGGUUUUCAUGUGAUCUUGGUCAAUAACUGGGAGGUGGAAAAACUAGAGAUGAAGGAUGCAGCCACAUUUUUGAAGACUAAAAUCUAUUCAACGGAAGCACUUUCUACUGCUGAUGUAAAUCUGCAAAGCACCUGCUAAAGUCAAAAGCAACCUUUUAAUGUUAGGAGACAUAAAUGUGUAAAAAUAACUUUUAAGAAAGACUAUAAUUCAGUUGUUGAUGGAAUUUUUCUGACUGCUCACUAUAACAAAAAGUGUUAUUUCAGUUCACAGUUAAAGUUAAUUUUAGGAAUGAAAUAAAUGUUGUUACUGGCAUUUUAGAAUAUGCUGAGAAAAUUCCAAAAGUGUCAUUUUUCAAUCAUAUGUAUUCCUUUCAGUGUCCCAGAUACUCAACAAAUUCAUGAGCUGUAGGUUUUACUUUUUCUCAUUAGCUUUGAUGCAUUAAGAACUGGUUUCUUAGUUGUGAUGGGCUGCAGAUAAGUUGAUGUGGGCAGUCCUUAGGUUUGGUAUCUGCACAUUUAUACUCUGGCUAUAAGCUGUUCAAGGACUCGGGCAUUGGCCACAUUUUCAAACACUGGCCACAAAGCAAUUGGAGUAGGUUCUCAAAUUGUAGAAGGUAUAAGAAUUAAUGAGAUAGCGUGUCAAAAAUGGGUGAAAGUUGGGCACCUGCAGUUGUAACAAGCAUUCUAGGUGGAAGUGGUUUGUGGGCUGUACUAAGAGAAACGAGAUAAUACAGAGAUGGCGGGGAACCCGAAUCUAGUGCGAUCAGUUGGCUGCGGGGUGCUCACACCACAGUCCUGGCCGUUGUUGAAGUCCUUCCUUUCUCUUUCUUCCCCUUUCCCCUCCCACCUUUUCAUGAAGUCUUUUUAGAGUAAAUAUAUAGCUGAACUGUUUUAUGAGUCAGACCCGAGGGCUAUUUUCAGUUAUGUUGUCCACUCUUCUAUGGAAAUAUUUGUUCAAGUUUGUGGUAUGUCUGUCUACCUGGUAUUAACCCGCUGGGGAUACAGCAUGUUUCACUUGUGAAACCUUGAGUGUCAUGUGAGUUGGUAUUUACUCCCAUGGAAAAGACUGAAUGUUUAUACCUCCCUCUCCCCAUCCCUGUCCCUGAAUUCAUAUAUUGAAAACUAACCCCCAGUGCAGUGGUAUUUGGGAGGUGACUAGGUCAUGAGGGUGGAGUCCUCAUGAAUUGGAUUCGUGCCCUUAUGAAAAAGGCCCCAGAGAGCUCCCUUGUCUCUUGGAAGAUGACCAUUUUUGAACCAGGAAAGGGGUCCUUACCAAGCACCAAAUCCUCCAAGAGCCUUGUUCUUGGACCCGGGCCUCUCUCACAAUUAGUUGUGAGAAAUAAAUUUCUGUUGUUUUUAAGCCA